CCUGCUCUGGGGGGUGACCGUGUGGCGGUCAAGUGCGAAGCAUCGGUAGCGCAGCUCCCUCCGCCUCUUCGCUCCUUAUUACAGCUCAUGGAGGGGAGUGAGGAGAAGGAGGGAGAGGGCGGCCUCGGUGAGCUGCUUCCCCCUUCUCACGGACCUCCGCAGCACCGCUCCCAGGGGAUCCCCGGGGAGCUGCCCCAGGACAGGCCCAGCCUGCGGCAGCCACAGCUCAGUCUGUCUCACCAAGAGGACGAGCAGGAGCCCGGUGACGAAGAGGAAGAGGAGUCACAGCACGCAGAGGGUCAGUUUAAAAGAGUGUUGGAUGAAGACACUGUGGCUGAGGGACUCCACAAGCUGGGGCGCUCAGCCCCUGGUAUUGAAUAUGUUUAUCUCAAUCUGUCGCUUUCAGGUCGUAAGUUAAGUGACAUUAACAUUCUCUCCAGAUACAUUCACCUACAGAAGCUGGAACUUUCAUAUAAUAAAAUUAAUGAUCUUUCUUGUGUCAGUCACAUGCCUUACUUGCUAGAACUGAAUGCUUCCAACAAUGAACUGACUACAUAUUUUGUUUUUAAACCACCUAAAAAUCUCAAGGAAGUAGAUUUUUCACACAAUCAAAUACCUAAAAUGCAGGAUUUGUCAGCAUACCAGUCACUUACUAAACUCUUGCUGGAUUUUAAUAACAUAGAGGAGAUAAGAGGACUGGAGAAGUGUCACAGUCUGACUCAUCUUAGUUUGUCACACAACAGACUCAGUGCAAUCAGUGGCCUUGAGAACUUACCUAUCAGGAUACUCAAUCUGAGCUCUAACCAGAUUGAGAAGGUAACUGGGUUGAACACCUUGAGAACUCUACAGAAGCUGGACCUAUCUAGGAAUAAAAUAACUAGUCUAGAAGGCUUGGAGGAACAUCAUCUACUAGAGAUGAUCAACCUAGAGGAUAACCAGAUUGCUGAGCUGCGUGAACUUGAAUGUAUUGAAGAUCUACCUCUCCUCAGAGUUUUAAACCUUUUAAAAAAUCCUGUACAGGAGCAAACAGAUUAUUGGCUCUUUGUGAUUUUCAUGUUGCUCCGACUAACAGAACUGGAUCUCAAGAAGGUUUCAGUGGAAGAAAAGGUUGCUGCUGUGAAUAAAUACGAUCCCCCUCCAGAAGUUGUUGCUGCUAAGGACCAUAUGACUCACAUUAUGUAUAGCAUGCUUCAGCCCCAGAGAAUCUUUGACAGCACUUUACCUAGUCUUGACGCUGCCUACCCUAUGCUGGUAUUAGUUGGCCCUCUAGCCUGUGGUAAGAGAGAGCUUACACAUAAGAUCUGCAGACAGUUCAACAAUUACUUCAGAUAUGGUCCCUGUCACACUACCAGGGCAGCUUACUUUGGUGAAGAAAACAGACUUGAUUACUAUUUCAUUUCUCAAGAAGCAUUUGACAAAAUGGUGAACACAGGGAAGUUCAUAGCAACCUAUAAAUACAGUGGCUAUUACUAUGGACUUGGAAGAGACACUGUAGAAUCAAUUGCCAGAGAGGGUCUUGCAACCUGUGUUCACUUCGAAAUAGAGGGUGUGCAUAGCUUGAAAAAUACCUACUUUAAACCCAGAUAUAUCCUGUUAGUACCAAUGAACAAAGAAAAAUACGAGGGACAUCUAAGGAGGAAAGGAUUAUUCAGCAGGCCAGAGAUUGAAGAGGCAGUCUCCAGAGUGAACAUGUACAUCAAAAUAAAUCAGGAUUUUCCAGGAUACUUUGAUGCAGUAGUCAACACAGAUGACUCGGAUGAGGCAUUCACAGAGCUGAGUUCCCUGGUAAAGGCAUACCUGGGUUUGGAGCCACCUGCAGUUUUUGACAGCAUUCAGGACUUGAGGAGCAGAGCAGGAGCAGGUUCAAGAACAUGGCUCUUACAAGAGCAAAGAUUGUCACCUGGUGGAGUAAUUACUGGAACUACUCAGUCUUCAUCUGUCAGUGAGUUCUGGGACUCUUCUGCUAAAAACUAUCCAGGAAGCUUCUCGGACAAACUUGCUGCACAAGUGAGCUCUGUGGAAGAAGCUUCUCUCCAAAGGCGUCGUGCUGCAGUGCGCCAGGCUCUGUCGGGGAAGGCACCUAGUGCAUCUGUCCAGCUUUUCCAAAGAGGCCUGGCAGUCACUCCUGAACCGAGCAGCUCCCGUCAACAAUUCCUGGAACCAACAAUACAUUCUUCUCUGCUCUCAGAUGGAAGAAAUGUCACCCAGGACCAGAGCUUGGCCCUGACUAACCCAGAGAGCCGAAAGAGUAAAGUAAUAAAAACCAUCAAGGGCUCCAGAGAAUCUGGUCCUGCUCGUGGACGAUUCCUAAUCUCAUCUGGUGCACCUGCUGCUGAAGGCCUGCCCGUUCGGACCCCUGUUCCCCAAGCUCACCUCACUGGAGAUGCCAAAGCUGAGCAUCAAGACCUAAGAGGAGCUGAAAAUGGAGUGGAUAGACUGAAAGAGACCGAAACCCCUAGUGACAAUCUUCAGAGAAAAUACAGCAAGUCCAAGGCUGGUUCUUCUCACGUGCCUCAGCUCAUCACCUGGCCAGGAUCCCACUCCAAACCUGUCCUACCUCCAAUCCCACCGGGGCAGAAGAGGACCAACCCUUGAUGGCCAACCACUAGUCAAGUCUUUGUCAUGAUUACACUGAAUCUUUCUGUUCAACAGGAACACUGAUUUUGAUAUAUUUCACUUCAACAAAGCAAAGUCUAUCAAAUAUUAUUUCUAAAUCCAUUUCUGAUUAACUCUCCCAAAGAAGUUAUUUAUUUUUAACUUUAUUAAAAAGUAAUUUCUGUAUUUCCCAAAGCUAGACAUUAUUUCCCCAGGCACUCUCAGCUGGGAAAUGGCGUAGAUAUUUUUCUAACAGCCACAUGACCAUAUCUUCCAUUAAUUUCUCUAUUUUCUUCCCCUUCUAUAUUAUAGAUUUAAUUGAGGUGGGGAAACAUCAGGGCCUCUGAUAAUAUUGUCUAUAUUGUAGGACUAGUGAAUUAUUUUGAAGAGGGAUUUUGUGAAAUAUUCAGAGUUAAGUUGGGAGUGAAAACUAGUUCCAAGUCUUUUUUUUUUUUUUAAAUAAAAUGUAUUUGUUUUAAGGGGUGAGCCAUAAUUCUUGUUUUGCAAGUCUAUCUAAACAACCUAGUAAGGAGUCAUCAGAAAAAAAAUUUGUACAAUUAUUGAGAACUAGCUGAAGCUGUAAGUAGUGCAUGAAGAUUUGUUUUUCUGUAUGUGGAGCAGAGCUCUGACAAGUAAAUAAAACUGUAGAGUUAACGUUUGUCCUGAUUAAUUUUCAUUAUUAUCUAAUUACAGAACAGAUAGUGGGGCCCUUUUGCCCGAGCAGCUUCCCCCAAGGAGGGGCAUUUGCUGCUCAUAUUACAGGAGGUCUCUGUGUGCCCAGAUGAUGUGACUCGUUGCCACAGCAUGGAGUCACAUCCGUGGAAGAGCUCUGCUUUACCUCACCAUGCAUGUUCACAAGGUGGCCAAGGGGGUUUUGUUGAUUAAAUAGAUGAACUGAACGAAGCAACACAGCUCAUGCCCCCAGCAGACCACAGAUGGAAUUGCUAACGCCAUUUAGGAGGUUUCCAGACCCAAGUGCAUUAGGCUGACCUGCCCUUUGUCUCCUGCACCCUGAAGCGGGGAACAUCUGGCCAAGUUUGAAGGCAGAAGUGCUGUUGGCUUGCCGAUACGUAAUAUUUACAUCUCAUUUAGCAGAUUGUGAAGCUUUGCAGUUCGUCGUUUUUAGUUUAGAGUGUUUAUUUUUGGCUGAAAGUACAGAACUUGUAACUUGGUGCCUAUAUAUUUAUAGACUGGCAGAUAAAAGCGGGGCUGUUUCAGGGAACUCUGUUUUUAUUGGCAGGAAGCGUGUUUGGAUUACAGCAGAGUAACACCUUAAGUUAGUCAUAGUUAAACAAGUCUCUGAGUCUUGAAUUUUACAGAGGGGAGUAUAACAAGCUGUUUAAUUUCCCUUUUUUAAAUUAAACAUUCAACAUUCAAUAAAAUCAGUAACUGUGGUUGCUGCCUUGUGACUGCAAAUGGCUUUACCAGCCGGAGGAUGUAGCUGUGCACUUACCACACGGUCUGUGUCAUAGCCCUGUGUUGCACACUGGUAAAUCAAGGCAGAAAUUCCAAUGAUUUGUGUUAUCUCAUGAGGUUUUUUUUUUACAGGAGUCAGGUCAGAACCCAGGAGUCCUGCAUCUCUGCUCAAACACCGGGUGUUUGAGGUGAAGCUGAGAAGACUUUGCUUAUGCAUCAGUGUUUUGGGAAAUAAAGGGCAGCUUUUUUACCCUGAUUCCUCCCCAGGCCAGUAGCAACAUGGUAGGGAGUUACAACACAGAUGCUGCAGGAUAAGGAGCUGCUGAAUUAAGAAAUGCCAUGCUCAUUAGACAUAAGAGGACGGUGUUUUAAUACAGACCUGAGCCUGAGAGAGAGGCUAUGAAGUUUGCUCGCUAAAACUUUAUGUGCAGCUCAGUGAAGAUUUCCAGGGGCUGCAGAACAGGCCCAUAAAUAGCUGCUCCUGCAAAUCUACGGAGCAUAUUGAGUGCUGGAGGCAGAGAUGCUCCAUGGAUGAUCACAGAGUGCACAGGCAACCAGGGCAACCUGCUGCCUUUAGAAGGUGAGAGCAAGAGACGUGGUGGCUGGGAUUCUCCUGUACCUGCUCCCCAAAUUAAUAGCUGCAUUUAAAAAAAAAAAAAAAAAGGUGCAAAAUGGUUUGGUUUGGU